AUGGACUCCGACACUGUGACUUCCAGCCACCCUGUGACUUCCCUGCACCCUGAAAAGGAUGAGAUACCCCUAGUGGCGCUAACCCACGUGGAGGAUACCUCCAACAAACCCGUCAGUGGAAUUGGAAAACAUCUGGCGCAAGCAAGAACGCCUGAGGAAGCAAAAGCAGAGAAGCGCUUUGUCCUGAAGACCGACCUCAUCAUCCUUCCACUACUCGCCUCUAUGUACUUCCUUGCUUCUCUGGAUCGUGGGGAUGUGGGAAACGCGGCAGUAGCUGGCAUGACGGAUGAACUCCACCUUACACCUCACCAGCUCAGCACUUGCAUCACUAUAUUCUAUGUUGGAUACAUUGUCUUCCAGCUGCCAGGCUAUCUAUGUCUGAAACUCGUCCGGCCUCCUGUCCAGCUUGGGCUCGCUCUCAUGCUUUGGGGGACGUUUAACACUCUAAUCUGUGUUGCAAAGUCAUACCAAGCCGUCGCAGGUCUUCGUGUAGGAGUGGGGGUUGGAGAAGCUUUUCUCCAGGCUGGGCCCCUGUAUCUGUCUCUCUGGUAUAAACGAGAUGAAUUGGCAACACGAGGUGCUAUUUUCUUUGGCAUGAGCGCCGUUGCCGGAGCUUUCAACGGAAUCAUCGCCUACGGCAUCGAGAAGAACCUCAAUGGCGCUGACGGCUGGUUGGCUUGGCGAUGGUUGUUUCUCAUUGAAGGUGUCAUUUCGGUCGCCUGGGGCUUCAUUGUUCUCGCUCUGCUGCCGCCGCUACCCGAGCAACUCCGAUGGGGAUUUACUGAGAAAGAAAAGGUUAUCGCAAGGCGCAGAGGCGUGGAGGGAUACAAUGAGCCAAAUGCCAAGAUCAAGCCGAAACAGAUCCUCGACAUCUUUAAGGACCGUCGAACCUAUCUUUACAUAAUCUUAUACUCCUGCCUAAAUCUCAGUCUGGCAUGCUUCGGCAGCUUUUUACCUGUUAUUCUGAGGACAUUCGGAUAUUCGCCGCUAGAAACUCAGGCCUUGACGAUUCCAGUGUUUUUCAGUGCGGCAGUCUCAGCGAUGGGGUUCGGUAUCGCGUCGGAUCGACUACAGCGACGGGCACAUGUCCUGUUAGCUUGUUUCGUGUCGGUGGGCAUGGGAUGGUUGAUCCUCAUAUGCAGCAAGAGUCAGCACCUCUCAUUCGCGGGCUGCUUCUUCAUCGGCAUUGGGGCCUAUCCUGGUAUCAUUGUCGGCCAGGUCUGGAUGAACAACAAUACCCCCGGGUUUACCAAAAGAGCGGCUGCCCUCGGUGCGCUCGGGGCGAUAGGCCAGUGCUUUUCCAUCGUCGGCACACAGGUGUAUAGCGAUCCUCCCCACUAUUACCGUGGCAAUGGCUUUGGCCUUGGAGCCUCGGUGAUUGGCGGAAUCGCCACCAUAGUCUUGUACUUUGAUCUGAGAAACGAGAAUGCGAAGAAGCGUAGGGACGCGGAGACGGACUUCGCCAGAAGCCAGCGCUCUUUGGGUAUCGAGGACAUUGGCAACCGGCACCCGGACUUCUUCUACUUCACAUGA